GGACUCGGGAUGUGCCGAGUUUUACCGAGCACAGCCGACACCACCCGGAAGUCUAACAAGCGGGGUUAUAUCGGCCAGCUUGUCCCAAACUACUAGUUUUGUGGGUGCAAUCGCCUUUAAUUAACCCUCUGUAUUGCUUUAUUGUGGAGUCCUCCAUCACGGAAUACCGUCAUGUCGGUUUUAUGUUAUAAUAAAGGUUGUGGUCAACGUUUUGAUCCGGAGAAUAACCUUGAUGAUGUGUGCACCUUCCACCCAGGAGUCCCGGUGUUCCAUGAUGCAUUGAAGGGAUGGUCGUGCUGCAAGAGAAGAACCACAGAUUUUUCCGACUUCCUCAGCAUUGUUGGCUGUACGAAAGCCCCUCACAACAAGGAAAAGCCACCGGAGCCUGUGAAACCCGACGUGAGCUCCUCUGGAGAGAAGAAGGAGGUGGAUGAACAGAAACCAAAGUUCAGCGAGUACAUCAUCUCCGCCCCUAAACCCCAAGGGACGUUCACCAGACCAAGUGGUGACGAACCAAUGGUGAGGAUGCAGCACAAGGUCUCAGCCUCUCUCCGGCAGGCGCUGGAAAAGAUGAAGCUGUCUGACAACACGGCGGAGAUGAAAGAGGAGGAGGGAGAUGAAACCAAGAUUGGCACAUCAUGUAAAAACGCAGGGUGCACAAAGAGCUUUAGCGGUGUGGCUAGCAACGAGGAAGUGUGCGCAUACCAUUCUGGAUUCCCCAUCUUUCACGAAGGGAUGAAGUACUGGACCUGUUGUAAAAGGAAAACAUCUGAUUUCAACACCUUCCUGUCCCAGGAGGGCUGCGUCAAGGGAACGCACAUCUGGAAGAAGAAAGACACGGGUAAGAAAGUGGUCCCGUGUCGGUUUGACUGGCACCAGACCGGAGCACAGGUCAUCGUCUCCAUUUAUUCAAAGAACUCCGUCCCUGAGCUAAGCUAUGUCGAGGCUAACAGCACCACGCUCGACAUCCACAUUCUUUUUGAAGGGGAGAAGGAAUUUGCACAGAAAAUAAACUUGUGGGGGGUGAUCGACGCCAGCAAAAGCGUGGUCAACAUGCUGGCGGCCAAGAUCGAGAUCGCCAUGAAGAAGUCCGAGCCCAUGUCCUGGGCUCGGCUGGACCUGCCGCCCCCCGUCCCCCCGCCCAAAGCAACAGAGAAGGAGAAAGACGACGACGACGAAGACGACGACGAGGAGGAAGAGGAGGAGGAGGACAGCGAAGCCGACGAUGAGUUGGAUUAAUGAUUUGUAGAAGCCCCUCUUUUAGCCUCUGAAAAAUGGCCUCACUACUUUGUAUGCUGUCUUCAUGAUAUUGCAAUCCUGCUAAGACACAACCACCACACACACCUCUGAGUCGCGAUCGGUCAGUUUUGCUGACUUUUCACGUCAAAGUGCUUCGGUUUUGUUUGGUUCUAUGUCCAUCCACGUUUUCUGUUCCGUUUCUUCUUGUAGCCCCAUCACAAAGUGUUUGCACGAUGAUAUUCAUGACAUGCGAUGGAAAAACUUGAACGAUGUUGCUUCUUUAUUCGUCAUCGGCUAAGGAAAGUAUAGAAAGUGGUGUUUCAUCGAAUGGGUGUAAAUCACAAUGCCUGCUUUGCUGAAUGAAUGUAGGACAAUUACUGCAUUAUUAAUAUUAUUGACAUUCAAUCAAGUAUGAUAAAGCCGCAAGUUAUAUUGUUCUGUAAUUUCCUACAUGAGACAUUCAUACAAUCCAGGUUUCUUUUUUUAUUAGGCAUUCACCUCCAUGGCAUGUUUUUUAACUUUAGCACUCUUCAGAGUGUGUAGCUUUAUGUGUAAUCAUUCCUCUUCCAUUCGGCUGUUGAUUUUAAUUGCGUUUAUCCAGAUGACUGUUUUUCUUUGUUAUUAGGUCUCCGUAAAACAACAUUCUACACACCAUUCUGUUGAUUUCCAUUAACUAGUUUUCCCUAAGUUGCGCUAGAACUAAUAGAAAUGAGGGACACCUCCUGGCCUCUUACUGCAUUGCAACUCAAAUACUGUACAUUCCUUACAUAGUUGUAUUCUUUUAUUUUAUACUUUGUUUUAUUUCUCAUGGGUAUAUUAAAGGUUGUAUCAGCGAUUCUGAUUGAAACAUAAAGUGUCACAUUCAUCUGCUUUUUCCUCACGAUCCGCUAGCUGCCCGUCCCAUAAGCAGGCUGUUAAAAAACCGCGUCUCUCUAGAAUCGCUGAUACAACCUUUAAUUCUCUGCGUUCCACCAGUCCCACGCUAGGCGCUAAGAGCAGCAGGCUACCUGCCUCAUUGGGCGGCCGGGUCCGUGCCUUGCUUAUGUGCAGGGCAGAAGUGAUAGCAUGCAUUUUUUUAUGGUGUGAGAGGAAACCUAAGUGAACACGAGCCCUCCACACACAAAGACCCCCGCAGCAGUGCAGACCACUAGGCCUUGUGCAACAACAGAGUUCAAUUGUAUCAUCUUGUUAUCAUUUCAUGCCUGAAUAUUUCCAUAGACUACCGUGUACAGUACAUUAGCAGAAGCUGAACAUUAGCAUGGCUGUAAUGUUCAGACACCUGUUUUUGCUUAUAUUUCUGCAACCUAAAAACUUGCUGAAGAGACCUCAAACGGGACCCAAACUAUUCAGGAAACAAUUUAUUAUAAAUAAAAGCUUGAUAUUUCUGAAAUGUGUGUUUCCUGUGAUUUAUCAAAUGUUACUCACUCUAUUAAGUUAUUAUAGAAGUCCCUCAUCACUUGUCCACUUUGGUACCAAGGCUGAAGGUCUUGGUACUGAAUACUUACCCCAUGCAACUUCUUUGUGAUAUCAAGAGAUGGAUUUUUAAAACCACUAAAAUCUUUUCCGAUU